AUGAAUUUUAUGGCAGGCCCUGCCUGUCGCUGGAGCCUGGGUCCCCUGGGCCUCCGCAGCAACCCCCAAGCUCUGUACAGGGUCCUCUUAAUAGUGCUGGUCAUGAUGAGCUCGGUGUUAGGUAAGCUUGAUCCUCUCAAUCAAGAACCCCCUCAUCCAGCUCAGUUCCCCAAAUACCUGCGCUGUUAUCGAUGCCUCUUGGAGACCAAGGAGCUGGGCUGCCUUCUGGGAUCUGACAUCUGCCUCACUUCGCCUGGCAGCAGCUGCAUGACUCUCUUCAUCAAAAACAGCAGUGGUACUGACAUCAUGGUGAGUGACUGUGUCCGCAGGGAGCAGAUGAGUGACUGCACACACACCCGUACUUCUCCGGUGUUUGGCUUCUGGACAUUCUCUCGAUGCUGCUUCCAGAAUUUCUGCAACAACCCACAGAACAGAGUGUUAUAUAGUCCAUAG